AAUCUUUCUAGCACGAGCGAAGCGUCAACAUGGACGCGGGUCGAAUGAAGAAGCACCGGGACUCGCUCGGUCGCGCCGACGUACCCGUGUGGCCGUCGCCCGACCGGAUCCCAGAGCAUUGGGAGACCGAGCUCAACCACGAGCUCAAGAUCAGCGUUGCGCGGCCAUUGGCACCGUCGCCCCGCCAUUGCAUCAUCUCGGGCGGCGUCAAAGGCGUACACGAACUGCUCAAGCGCAAUCGGCAGUGGGCCGCCGAGACGGUGCGCGACUCGCCGUACUUUUUCGAGAAGUUAUCGCAGGCGCAGAGCCCCGAAAUCCUCUGGAUCGGCUGCUCGGACGCGCGGGUGCCACCCAACCAGAUCCUGAACCUCAAGCCCGGCGACGUCUUUGUCCACUCGAACGUUGGCAACGAAGUCGUGCACAGCGACCUCAACUGCCUCUCGGUCAUCGAAUACGCGGUCGUGCAUCUCAAGGUCAAGCACAUCAUCGUGUGCGGCCAUUACGGGUGCUCGGGCAUCAAGGCCGCGCUGAGUCGACAAGAGUUUGGCCUUGUCGACAACUGGCUCCGGACCAUCAAGGACCUCUACAUCGAACACAAGACACACUUUCUUGCGCUCGAGCAGCCAAAGCAAAAGCUCAACUUGCUCACGGAGCUCAACGUCACCAAGUCGGUCUACAACGUGUGCCACACUCGCAUCGUACAAAACGCAUGGAAAGCGGGCCAAGAGCUCAGCGUCCACGGCUGGUGUUACAGCAUUGAAGACGGCGAGAUCCGGGACCUGAACGUGACGAUGACUGACGCGUCGUGCGUCGAGCCCAUCUACCAGCGCGCGAUGGAGAAGGAGGCGUCUGAGAUUCAAGCGACCGCCAACAUCCCUCGGAGCCCGCGACGUCAGCACUGCGGCAAGCCGCCGCUCAAGACCGCCGACCUCUUUUAGAGCGCGUCACAGCAGCUCGGCAACCCUAAGGCGACAAAGCUGCAUUGUGCUGCAUUAUGGACUAGCACGAAGAUCUCAGUUUGAGUAUGGG